UCGCACUCGAGCCAUUUACUCCGUUUACUUCUCCCCGAACUGAAUCUUUACAUCGAUUGUAAAGCUCAGAGCCCUGACUGUGCUCUGAGCAGGACGACUAAAGCUCAAGACCUUCGCUUAGGUUUAUAUUAACGCGGCGUGUCUCGUUGUGACAUGGCUGCAGCAUGGGCUGCAGUCUUUAUUAUUGUGAUAGUCUCAGCUGUUCUUCCGGGUUGCGAUGGGGCCCUGCUCUUUGCCUCCUCCUACGGGGACCACAUGGUGCUGCAGAGGGCUCCCCAGAGGGCUGUGUUGUGGGGGUUUGGCCCUGAGGGGACCCUGGUCACCGUCUCCCUGUCACCAGGGAAGCAGAAACCCUCACCAGUCACUGUGUCAGGAGGAAUUUGGCAAGUCACACUUGACCCUGUUGAUGCCGGGGGUCCCUACAACGUGACGGCAACCUCUAAAGCAGGAACAGCGGCCCUGACGGACGUGCUUUUUGGAGACAUUUGGCUGUGUGGAGGACAGAGCAACAUGCUCUUCAAAACAUCACAGAUUUUCAAUGCAUCGGAGGAGCUGGCCCUCUCGGACAAAUAUCCUCAUGUGAGGCCUUUCAUGGUAGCCUUGAACACCAGUGAAACGGAGCUGACUGAUCUGAUUCAAGUGGAGCUGCCGUGGUCUGUGCCCACAGCUAGUGUUGUGGGAAAGUUUUCUGCCGUCUGCUGGCUCUUUGGACGUUACAUGUAUGAGAAGCUGCAGUACCCCGUAGGACUGGUGGAGUCCUGCUGGGGAGGCACGCCUGUGGAGGCCUGGUCCUCUGCCAGAGCCCUGCAGCAGUGUGGACUGGGCCAAACUGAGGACAGUCCUAAAGAUAAUUCUGUUCUGUGGAACGCGAUGAUCCACCCGCUUCUCAAAAUGACCAUCUAUGGAGCCAUCUGGUACCAAGGGGAGGAAAACGCUUACCAUCAUCAGGACAAGUACAACUGUACUUUCCCUGCUAUGAUUGAUGACUGGAGGAUGGCGUUUCAUCAGGGCUCAGGGGGUCAGACAGCCCUCGACUUCCCUUUUGGAUUUGUCCAGCUGGACACGUACAAAAACAGCUCCAUCGAUGACGGCUUUCCAGCAAUCCGCUGGCACCAAACAGCUGAUGUGGGCUUUGUUCCAAACCCCAGGAUGAAGAACACUUUUAUGGCUGUUGCUUUGGAUUUACCUGAUGAAACUUCCCCCUACGGCACGAUUCAUCCCAGAGACAAGCAGGACGUAGCGCAGCGCCUGACGCUGGGUGCCAGGGCGGUGGCUUAUGGUGAAAAGGGUCUGCUCUUUGCCGGACCGUACCCCAGUCAAGUCCAGUCUUCUGAAAUGUUUGUCAGCAUCACAUAUGACCAAGCAGUCUCCGUCACACCAUCCAAAGACAUCUUUGAGAUUUGUUGCUCAGGAACUCGGGCCCCAUGUGGGUCCAUGUCCCGUUGGGUUGCAGCUCCCAUAAUGCAGUGGGGCCAGACCACUGUCCGGCUGUCGGCCUCUCUGUGUCGGCCCUCAGAGGAAGUUGCUGCUCUUCGAUACGCGUGGAAAGACACGCCCUGUGACUUUAAAGCCUGUCCCGUCUAUAGUGCCACAGGGACUUUACCUGCACCUCCUUUUAUUAUCAGUCGAUACUCCGGCAGAGGUAACAUUUGGAAAAGUUACUGAAUCAGAAACUGGAAGAAAAAGAAAUGAACUAAAAAAAAAAAAAACAUUGUAAUCGUUCAGAAAUUCCUUUAAGGUCAAUUUUGGAUAAAUGUUGCACUGUGUGGAUUUUACAUUCAAAAAGUUAUGACUUUUAGCAUUUAAGAACAUUUUUCAUCCAACUGCCUCCAUGUUCAGGGUCUGAAUUAACUAAAAAGAAUUUCUCAGUGCAAGUGAUGAAUGCCGUCAUUGGGCCAACAAUAACAACAUAAAUCAAUAAGAGAUUGCAAAAAAACUUUAUAUGAGGCCAAAUCAACACAUUUGUACAUCCAUAAAGAGAAAGAAAAGUUACUGAUGAGUUCAAAAACAUGAGAGGCCUUGAAAAACCUGAAAACUAAAGUGAAUGAAUACAGAAUCAUUUCCUUGGUGAAGAAAAAAGCCCUCAUAACAUCAACAGUCAGGAAUAUUCAGGAAAAGGUAGUAGAAGUACGGUAAGUUUGUCAGAAUUUAAAAUCAAGAGACUCGUGACUGUAAAGCUAGAUUAGAUUUAGCCAAAAAACAAAAAAUAUAUUUCCCCGCGUUGGAAUCAGAUUCUUUGGACGGAUGAGACCAAGAUGGACAUCUAUAUGAAUUAUGGGAAAAAUAUGAGGGAGAGAAAUGGUUCAUGAGCACAUCAUGUGUUAAACACGGUGGGUGCAGUGUGAUGGUACGGGCAUGUAUGGCAGCACACGGAAAGGCCUCGCUGGUGUUGCUUAUAUUCAGGCAAACGCUACGAAACUAAAAGGUCAGCGCUUUACGCUGCAGAUGGAUUAUGACCCUCAACAUGCUGUCAAGGCAACUCAAGAUGUUUUGAAGGCAAAUAAAUUAAAUAUCCUUCAUUGUCAAGAGUCCGUCGCCCCAUCUCAGUCCAACAGAGCUCGAAGUUCAGUUACUGAGACAAAAUUGAAAGCAGAAAGAUGCUCAAACAAACGGCAACUAAAGAUGGCUGCAGUGAAGGCUUGGCAAAACAUCUUCCGAUUUAACUCAGAAUUCGACGACGUCCCUGGGAUCCAGACUUCAGGGAGUCGCUGACUGCAAAAGAUUUUCAUCCACGCAUUAAAAGCUACGGUUAUAUUUAAAGUGAUAGAUUUUUUCGGUAUAUUUUGGAGAGGUGGUGAAAGGUGGUUCGCUUAAAUGCCAUAUUUCUGUGAAACCAGUUAAAGCCCAGAGUCUAAACUUGGAUUACAUCUUAACUUUUAGUUUAUAAAGAGAAAAUGUGUCACUGUCCAAAUAGUUGUAUGUUUGUGUGGUCUCAAAAUCACGAUAGCUGGUGAUUGUACAUUUUUCUGUCAUCCCAAUAAAAUAGCUUUCUGAAUGUUUAGUUUUUUUCCUGUAUGCAACCUAAGCUGGCAUUGGAACUGCAUCGCAAACAAAUGGUUGAACAUUAAACUGCUGGGAAGCAGCAAAACUGUAGAUUGUGAUGUUUACAGCACAAUGCAUGAUUGCAUAAUGUACAGUAAAUAAAUAGCACAGAGGAAUAAUAUUGUUUCUUCCAUUACUUUCAAAGCCGCUUUUAAUUUGAAACAGAACAUCAAAGCGGUUAAAUUAUCUGUUAAUUCAAACAUGCUCUUGUUUCAUAUGGACCAAAGGUGAGCUGCAAGUUGAAGCACUGCAUCAGUUAAAUACCAGCGCAAUCGCACACACUCUUUCAAAACCUGCUUUUGCAUGUGUAACAGACCUUUUUCUGCAGUAUGCAAAUACAUUUUUAACAAUGAAAUAUUAAACAUAUUGUAAAAUAGGAUUAAACUUAUCCAUCACAGUCGUUAAAACACAUACAACAAAACCUUGGCCAUGGGGUUUAUUAUAGACAUGAACAAAUCUUAAUGUGCCAAACCGCAUACAGAAGCCUGACCCUAAAAAAUACUGCCGGAGGAUUGCCAAAACAUAAUAAAUAACUGCUCUGAGUGACCUCAGUAAAUUAAACAAACAUUUGGGAAAGAGAGCCCCUGUGGUGUUUUUUAAUGAGGAUGAAAAAUUAUGGAGAUGAAAUUCAAGGUACGGCCAUGAAUUCAGAGGAGCUGAAUCUCAGGAGCUGAAAUAAGAGGUGGACGGCUUCAUGGUGGAGGAGGUUAGGUGGUGCUGAUGAGAGGAGCUUGGAGACUGUGGUGUCUGACCUGAAAAAAGAUGAAAAACGAAGUUUCAGUGAUCAUGAUGUCAGCCUCACAAAUUUCUUUAGUGGAAAAAACUGGUAUUUUAACCAUGCUUUAACUUUGAAAGGUCAACAUCUCAGAUUUCUGCAGCAAAUACCCACUUCCUGUUCAUUCAUACCCCACUGUCUGGGAAGGUACACUGUACUUACACCUUCCUGCACAACAAAAUACAGACGAGCAGCUGCGGGGACUUUGCCAACAGAUGUACUCUUAGGGAGGAUGACAACUUUUAUUAUUAGUCCCCCAACAAGGGACCUGACCCGUGACCUGCUCCCGAUACUGUAAUCAGAUAAUGCAGUGUUCCUGUUGGUUUGAUUGAGUUUUAUUGAACCAAGAACCGAGCAAGGAGAGGCAGCGUUCAGUUAUUCUGCUCCUCACCGGUGGAACAAACUUCCUGUAGACCUGAGGUCUGCUCCAACUGUCAGCUCCUUUAAAUCAGGCCUAAAAAUAUUACUGUUUACUGAAGCGUACUCUUAAAUUAAAUACUUACCUGCUGAACUCUACUGCCCUUACUUUUUAACAACUUGUGCUUUUUAUUAUCCUACCUCUUUUCUUAUCAUUGUAUUUCAAUUUAUUUGUUGUUUACUGUUUAAUUGUGUUUUGCUGCUUUUUGCUGCUUUUAAUGUUAAUGACAUAUUCCAACAUUGUUUGGGGCGUUUCUUAUUCUUCGUACCUUACUCAAUUAUUUUUAAUUCAGAAAAGAUUUUUGAGAAUGAUAUAAUAUUCUACUCAUCAAGCACCUUCUGCACCCUUAUUUAGCAAAUAUAUAAAUUAUUAUCAAUUUUUUCUAUUAAUAUGUUUCAAACAUGCCUGUUUAUGUUUAAGUUCCUUCAUUCCAAACAAGACAUUCCAGGCACUUUUCAUAAUGUUUUUCUGUUAUCAUCAGAUAUUCAUUCUUAUUCAGUUAGAGGUUGGAAGAACUUUCAUUUACCUCUUUGUCUUUUACCUGCAGUCACCAAUCCUUUAUCAAAUUCCAUGGCCCUCAACUCUGGAACUCUUUAGAUAGGUCUCUUAAGUUUGCAUCAUCCUUAAAAAUGUUCAGGACCAGCUUGGUGGUGUAUCUCUUAUCUAGGCAAAAUUAAUAGGCUAUUCUAAUUGAAAUGAAAUUGCCAUUUUAUGGAUAUUUUUUGUUUGUGUGUUUAUUGUGUUUUUCUUUUACCUUUUCUUUUUUCCUUUCUUUUCUUUUCCUAUUGAUUGAUUUGUUUUUGUGAUUUUGUAUUGAGGGGGAGGAUUUUUUAUAAGCCCUUUGGGCUUCUUUUACUCUCCUGCACAAUUAUUUGUCCUUGUAUUGUUAAUAUAAUUACUGUUUUAUCAUUGUGCAUAUGAAAAAAAAUGUUGAUGUAAAGCACUUUGAAUUACCUUGUGUUGAAUUGUGCUAUACAAAUAAACUUGCCUUACCUAUUCGA